AUGGACGCAGGCACAGUCGACUUUGCGAACGAUCAGACCUUCCAAACCGGACUCAGGGCAGUGUUGAGACCGCUGAUCGAGCGUGGCGCAAGCCGAGAGGAAGUCCAAGCUGUCACACAACGAGCAAAGGCGUUCUACCUCGCUCGACUGGCUUCUGAUCCCUCACUGGCUCGUCCAUCGCUAUCCCGAGUGAACGGCAGCGCGACAGAGACUGAUCAUGAUCCUCCGCUGGCAUCCAGCACCCUCGCGACGUCAGAUGCAACAGAGGCACCGGUCGAGGCAGCCCCUACAGAAGCCUAUCCUGCUUCCUUCUCCGAAAUCGCUGAAUUGAUCGCAACGGGGGCACCCAUACCGGGCAUCAAGCAGAUACCCAACAUGCUCAAUGACGCACCGCCGAGCGAGCCUGUCGUAGCGACACAGGCAGGUGCAGGACGAAAGCCGUGGGAGCAUGCGCGACUCGGAGCGCCGAAUCAGAGUAGCGAGGCCAGUGAUACUGUCCUCGACGCAACGCAGCCAGAGCCCCGGAAUGCCGAGCAGAUGGAACUUGCGCCGAGCGGUCGGCCGGUUAUGAGUCCGACGACUGCCGAAAUGGAGCAGAGUGCAUGA